AUGUCUGAUUAUAAGGAAUUCUUCGAAAUUGCACGUCUUUUUGUGGAUUAUAUGGAAGCCGAUAGUCAUUGUAAUAAACAAAGACGAAACAAAACUUCUGUGAUAUUUAGUGAUGUAACUCAUUUUUUUGAAAAUUAUUCAAAAAAUUAUUUUUUCGAAAAUACUUCAAAAGAAGAGAGGAACUGUUUGGCUUAUUUACUUUUUGCUUGUUUAAGAGAGUUUUUUAUUUCAAUUUUUGACGUUAGUUAUGAUAGAAAUGAUGGUGAUUUACUUAUUCGAUUGAAAAAUGAGCCACUUUUGGAUGAGCUUAUGGUGGGUAGAAUUUAG